AUGGUCAAUGAUGCCGAUUUUGCUCUGAAAACAGUUAAACACAGAUCACGUGACAAGGCUAAUAAAUAUAGCAUUUUCCUGCACGCAAAGUUGGACGGAGAAAGCCGCCAGGGAAGGUCAGGAGAGGCUUGGAAACUCAGCAAAAGUCAGGUCAGAUCGAAAAGGUCAAAUCAGUUCAAGGUUAGGACUUCAAAAAGCUCAGAUAAUCACGGGUCAAAAGGUCAAGCCAAGACCCAAAGCCUGGGACAGCCAUCUUGGACGGCCGAGAUCCCGGAUGUAGGCCUGGGACAGCCAUCUUGGACGGCCGAGAUCCCGGAUGGAGGCCUGGGACAGCCAUCUUGGACGGCCGAGAUCCCGGAUGUAGGCCUGGGACAGCCCACUAGCACGGCCCAGAACCACGAUGUAGGCCUGGGACAGCCAUCUUGGACGGCCGAGAUCCCGGAUGGAGGCCUGGGACAGCCAUCUUGGACGGCCGAGAUCCCGGAUGGAGGCCUGGGACAGCCAUCUUGGACGGCCGAGAUCCCGGAUGUAGGCCUGGGACAGCCAUCUUGGACGGGCCGAGAUCCCGGAUGCCUGGGACAGCCAUCUUGGACGGCCGAGAUCCCGGAUGGAGGCCUGGGACAGCCAUCUUGGACGGCCGAGAUCCCGGAUGUAGGCCUGGGACAGCCAUCUUGGACGGCCGAGAUCCCGGAUGUAGGCCUGGGACAGCCAUCUUGGACGGCCGAGAUCCCGGAUGUAGGCCUGGGACAGCCAUCUUGGACGGCCGAGAUCCCGGAUGGAGGCCUGGGACAGCCAUCUUGGACGGCCGAGAUCCCGGAUGGAGGCCUGGGACAGCCAUCUUGGACGGCCGAGAUCCCGGAUGUAGGCCUGGGACAGCCAUCUUGGACGGCCGAGAUCCCGGAUGUAGGUCUGGGACAGCCAUCUUGGACGGCCGAGAUCCCGGAUUGCAAGAGAUUUGAGUUUAUAGAGGCCGCCUGGGCUUUAGUUAGGCACGGGAUCGUCGACCUUACGGGAAACGCAUUUCACUCCCUAUUCCUCUCCUUUCGCUCCGCCACAAAACAUGACAAAUUCGAGAUCGUUAGCUUCCCUCGCGUCCUUCUCUCCUCGUGUUUCUCCCCUCAUUUCUCGGCUCUCCCUCUCCCUCCUUCUCGCUUCACUAUCUCCAUCAAUUAUACUUUAAAAAAAAAUCCCAGAACCCUCCUAACAGCCUUUCCUCCUUCUCCUACAGGCUGGUCAUCGCCUUCGUCGUCGCCUUCGUCGUCCUCCUUAUGGUCCUCCUCCAGCGCGGGUGUGUGGCGCCUCUCGUCCUCGGGCUACACCUGGCUCUCCCCGAACCACACGAAGCAGGCGGGGCAGCAGGAGGAGCGCGAGGAAGCCACGUCGCCGGGGCAUCCCCACCACCAGCAGGAGCACCUCCACCACCAGCAGGAGCAUCCCCACCACCAACAGGAGGAAGUCCACCAUCACAGGUUCCGACACCACCACGACAGGAGGCUGAAGAGGCGCCAUUUGGACAACAGACACGAACCCAAAUUCAGCCAUAGCGAGUACCAGCAGACGGUCAGGGAGAACAUUCCGCCUCAUACGUCUAUUCUGCAGCGUCCUUAAGAAGUUCGAGGAGGAAGGCCGUGGCGCCAGUCACCAUCAGGGUCCUCAACGAGCCAGACGCGCCGGAGUUCGAUUCCACGGAGUACAGAUUUUCCGUGUCGGAGUUCGCCAGCCGCGACGCGUACGUGGGGACGGUCGUGGCCCGCGACGAGGACGGCGACUUCCAGAAAUACGCUCUGGAGGGAGUGGUUCCAGCGGGCAUGUUUCAAGUCGACGAGCAAACGGGGAUCAUCCGCGUGGGUCAAAGCAGCUUUGGAGGCGAGUGGGAUUUCAACUUCCAGGCGGUGGCGUUCGAUCAGCUGGGUCAGAGCAGCAGAGUCCCGGUCAGGGUCGAGAUCAUAGACGAGAACACGAACAAGCCGGUGUUCAAGGAGUGCAGCAAUUACGACCAGAGGACUAUCCGCGAGAACAUGGAGGCGGGAACGUCCGUUCUGAUCGUGGUCGCGACCGACGAUGACCACGGGGUCAACGGAGAGGUCACCUACUCCUUUCGCAACGACUAUGACAGCUUUGCCAUCACGACCUCGCUCGGCCAAGGAUACAUCUCCACCACGCAGCCGCUGGACCGAGACGACGGCGAAAAGGAAUACUACAUGACGGUGAUCGCUCGUGACGGCGCCCCGACCGACUGGCUGCUGGGCGCCUGCUCCUUCAGGAUCAUCGUCGAGGAUGACAACGACAACCCUCCCAUCUUCGACCAGCCGGAUUACAUGUACAAGCUGCCGACGGACAGGCAGGUCACGACGGAGAUCCUCCGCGUCACGGCCACGGACAAGGACGCCGGAGAGAACGCCGACGUCGUGUACGGCCUGGAGGGCGACCCGGCCGACCUCGAGUACUUUGAGGUCGACCCCGAUACAGGCAUCAUCACCCUCAAGAAGAAGCUCAGCGAGAGUAUGGCGGAUCAGAAGACCUUCUCGCUGACGGCGCGGGCGGAGGACAAGGGCACGCCGCCCAUGUCGUCGACGGCGCCCGUGACCCUCGACGUGGUGGCCUCGGGCAGGCAGCCGCCCUCCAUCGUCACCCAGAACCCGCCCAGCCCGCGCAUCGCCGAGGACGCGCCAGGAGAACACUGCUCCAACAUCCCCGGCAGCCCCAACGUCUACUUCGCCCUCCUGAACGGCAACACGCGGGACACCAACGACGACGGUUCCUUCGACGUCAGGCCGCUGGAGGACGGGGACACGAGGUGCCCCCCCGACACGCAGGGCGCCUUCAUCUACGUCGCACUGAGGAACCUGGACUACGAGACCAUUACGUCAUACAAACUCAUCUUGCAACUUGUGAACGACGAGAACUCCCGCGCCGACGAGCAGAUCCUGGUGGAGAUCCUGGACGUGAACGACAACCCGCCGCUGCUGCAGCCCUUCGACGGCGCCGUGGUGGAGAACGCAGAGCCCGUCCUCAUCACCACCAUCCAGGCCGUCGACAAGGACGCGUCGGAGCAGUUCAGAGACGUGAGGAACGCCCAUUUAGCCUCGGCUGGGCUUGGUUUGCUCCGAUUCUCCUUCGACGAGGAGGCCGUGACGCAGGACGUUAGGGAGAAGUUCCGGCUGAGAACCAACGGCGAGCUCAGUACCCUGGUGAAGCUGGAUCGGGAGAACGCGUCGCAGUACCGGGUUCCUGUUGUGGUCACCGACGGAGAGCCCAGCCACGUCCGCCGGCGCACGUACUGGAUCACGGUGCAGGACGUGAACGACGAGCCGCCCCGCUUCAACGUGAGCAGCGUGCUCGAGGUGGAGCUUCCUGAGCGCACGGACGUCGGCAAGGACACCGGCAUCAAGCUUGUGGUUCUCGACCCCGACGUCGUCAACCACAACGAGUUCCAGAUCGUGGAAGGCAACGAGUACCAGAAAUUCCGGAUCGACUCGACGACCGGCGACGUGUUGGUCAACCAGCCCUUGGAUUACGACUCCCCGACGAACGACCGGAAUCCUGUCUUCCAACCCAACAACUACAACUUCACCGUCACCGAGAACUUCAACUGCAGCAUCCAGAUCGGGAAGGUGACAGCCAUGGACCCCGACCUGCCGAUCACCGCCGAUCAGAAUAUCCAGUACUUUUUGUCGACUGAAGAUGAGAGGAAUUUCACCAUCGCGGAGAAAACGGGAGACCUCACUCUCAAGGGCUGCUUGGACCGCGAGGCUGCCAACCGGGGGACGAUGACGCUCUAUCCCUAUGCCAUGGACGAGGGCGGGAACGGCCUGGACGCCAUCCCCGCCAUGGUCACCAUCAACAUCAACGACGUGAACGACAACCAUCCUUAUAUUCAGAGCCCGAACACGCCCUCGGAUAUAAUACAGAAGUUCGACGUAACGGGAGGGACCGACUCCCAGUACGAGCUGCGGCCGAAGGUGGCCCUCGACCGCGAGCAGCAGAAGGUGUACCGCAUCCCGUUCCGCACCAAGGACCACCUGGGCGUGGCGGGCACUCGCGUCCUCUCGCUCGAGGUCGGCGACGAGAACGACUCCCCGAUGACGGACGGAGAGAGCGACAUCAACGUCUAUAAUUAUCAGGGUCAGUUUCCAGACAUGGUGAUCGGUUCCGUUUACGUCACCGACCUCGAUGACUAUGACGUCACCGACAAGAUCUUCGAGCUGGACCCGUCCUCGCCCGCCGACGGAACGUACUUCGAGGUCAACCUUAACACGGGCAACAUCACCAUGAGGAAGGGCACGCCGGAGGGCACGCACACGCUCAGGGUCAAGGUGACCGACACCUUCCGCGACGAGACGGCCAUCGGCACGGUCAACAUCCACGUGGUCGACCUGACGGAGGAGGCGGUCAUGCAGUCGGGGUCCUUCCGCGUCGCCAACCACACCGCCCUCGACGUCGUCAGGCGUAGUGAGUCCGGCGGCGCCAGCCUGUACGCGCGCCUUCGGGAGAGCAUCGGCCAGGUGCACGGCAUCGCCGCCGAGAACGUGGACGUGUUCGGCCUGAAGGACGUGGCGGACGGCGUGGACGUGCGCUACAACUGCCACAGCUCGCCCUACUACACGGCAGCGCGUCUCGACGGACUCAUGCUGGCGGCGCGGGAGGAGAUAAUGGCCGACCUGGGCAUCAGCAUCCCGCUGGUGGACAUCAAUAGCUGCCUGUACGAGUCGCUGUCGCCGUGCCAGGAGAAGUCGUGCCAGCACACCCUGCGCCCCAACCUGACGUCCCCGCUGGUCGUGGCGUCUGACGUCACCACGAUGGUCGGGGUGGACAUCGCCGACGACUACACGUGCGACUGCGGCGCCCUGGAGCCGCCGCACACGGUGUGCCACGACGGCUUCUGCCUCAACGGCGGCACCUGCGUCGAGGCCAACCAGACGCUGGCGUGCGAGUGCCCCGACAGCGCCAACUACGGGCCGCGCUGCGAGCUCACCAACGCGCGCUUCGAGAGGGGCUACGCGUGGUACGAGGCGCCCAAGGUGUGCGACAACUCGACCUUCUCCAUGGCCUUCGAGACGCGGGACCCCGACGGCCUGCUGCUCUACGCCGGCCCCAUGCUGACCAGGCCGUGGCAGGACUACCCGAAGGACUUCAUCUACGUGGUCCUCAGGAACUGGGUCCUGGAGGCGUACCUCGACCUCGGAACGGGCACCGUCGGGAUGAAGGUCAGCCUCGAGCAGAACAGCGCGCGCUCCUUCGAUUUCCUCCUCUCGUGGACCGACGACGGCAUCAGCCUCGAGGUGCCCAACUGCCUCGGCAACAGUAGCUCCUCCGCCACCGCCUGCAGGAAGACCACGCCCCUGCCCGGCACCAGCAGCCCCAGCGUCCUGCUCAACACGCCGGGGCCACUGCAGCUGGGGGGCGUGGCGGCCAUGCCCUCCUUCGAGCAGCUGGCCGCCUCCUACGAGUGGACGAUCGUGCCGCCGUCGGUGCUGCCCUUCUUCGGCUGCGUCCUCGAGGUCCGCUACAACGACUACCUCUACGACCUCAACUCCACCGACUACACCAAGUCCACGUACCUGCCGUGCAACGCCCCCACGCAGUCGAGGGUCAUCCUGGGCCAGCAGUCGAUCAUCAUCAUCGUGGUCAGCCUGUCGUGCCUCAUACUACUCGUGCUCCUGAUCCUGUGCCUGGCGCGUCGGGGCAAGAAGGCCAUAUCACACCCCGAGCUGGACGGCAUCGUCAAGGAGACCAUCGGCGGCACUGACCUCGAGGGCUACGGGGAGAAGGACAUGACCCAGUAUGACCUGAAGCUCCUGCGGGUCGGACCUGACGGACACCUGUUCAAUGACACGGACCCUCAGAAACAGCCCGACGAUUCAUACCAAGCCCAGCCGAUACUGCUACACGAGGACCGCCGCCGCCCUCCUGACGUAGUGGACGACCGCCGGCAGGAGCGAAUGGCCCCCUUGGCCCAGAUGCCGGAUGGCCUCAGCAUCGGGGAUUUCAUCAACGACAACAUUAAAAAGGUGGACAAGGAGCCGACUGACUUUGAUGAUGUCCGCCAUUACUGCUUCGAGGGAGACGAGAUGUCCAUCGCUUCUCUGUCUUCUAUCGACUCCAGCGGCUCGACGGACAGCGGCAGCCAGGCCUUCGACUACGCCACCGACUGGGGUCCUCGCUUCGAGAAGCUCAACCAGAUCUACCGCCGCGACUCGGACGAGGAGGAGGACAGCGAGUUCGACUUCAACAUCCCGAAGGGGCGCAAGAGGGACACGCUCCCCGGCGGGAAGCCCAAGGGCGCCUCCCCCGCUCAGUCCCCUGCUGGCGGCGCCCCAGGCCUCUCCUCUGGCGACGCUCAACGGCCGGGGCGCCCUCGGGACGGGCCCUCCGUCACCUUCGCCACGCCGGACACGCAGGGCAGCCGGGAGGGCCUGCUGCCGGGGUCGCCGCAGCGCCGCGACUACCACGAGGCCGUCAACCCCAUGGCGGACCUGGACGAGGGCGCCGAGUCCUGGUGCUAGGGACGGCGUGCUCGGGUCGGGUCGGGUCGGGUCGGGUCGGGGGGUCGGGGGCAGGUCGAGGCGAGUCGGAGGGAAAGAAGCGCAAAAAAAUGAAGAAUAUCAGUAAAUAACAUCAGUGAAUGACAGAAAGACUAGGUGUAGUCUGUUCUAAAGUCGCCUCGAAGGGGAUUCUGCAUUUAGAGUUAGAAAUCAUAUCAGAGGCAAAAUAAAAAGGAAAAAAAAAGGUAGAUAAGUCGCUAAUGUCCUGGAAACUUACUCAAGAAAUUAUUAUCUUAUCAUGGCUUCCCCCUCAAAAAAAAAAAAAAAAAAAAAAAAAA